AUGAAAAGACCAGACCCUCACGAUGAGGAGAGAAGAGAGCAUGAAUUAACCACUCUGCUAAACGAAGAAAAGAAGGAAUCGAUUUUGAUGCGCUCUGAUUUAAAUCAAGACAGACAGUUCUAUGUUAAAGGAAGACUUGCAUUGUAUGCCAUAGAAGCACAUAAGCUUGGAAAUACGCUUGAUGAUUUAAUUCUUCAGCUUAUAGCAGAAGAAACCAACACGAUACAUAUAUUCCAAAAAUGGGAGAGAUUCUCCAACAAGAACGGAAAACAUAAUUAUAGUAUGGACGAUUUUCGCUCAUCACUGUCAUCAAAGCAGAUACCAACAGUUGUGAUUCUGAUUGUCAAAGCAAAAAUUGAAGCCAAAUGCUUAGGAGCAAUGAGGUAG